ACGUGGGCUCGCGCGGCCGGCGGCGCGAGGUUGGAGGCUGAGCCCCAGCGCGACCUCGGGCCGCGCUUCUGGCUCCUCUGGCUCAGUUUCCCCGACUCUGGGAGUCCGUCCCGAGCGCCGGGCGAGCUCGAGUCUGAAGUGAUCCGGAGCUUUGGGCAAGCAAGUGGAUGGAUUUCCUGGCGCCUUGCCUCAGUUUCCCCCGCUAAGAAACGGGGGAAUCACGAUAGUACUCGGCUCACAGUGCGGCUCGGGCCUUACCGUGUUAAGGUAGUGCACGUGAGGCCUUGAACGGAUGGUAAUUCUGCCUGAUGUGUAAAAAUCUACAACACUUGUAGACCGAGCGAGUCACUUUCUGGGACUCUGUGAUGCAGAGAUGCUGGCGUGGGCGCGCAGGAGGGGGCUCGACAGCUGUUUGUGCAGCCCAUGGUAAAGCAUCGUGAGGCAUGGGAAACGGCCUAAGAGUCCAGGGAGGCGUUCCUUCUGGCUCCUGAUUUCACUUAACUUUCCACCUUCGGCAGUAGCGAUGAUAAAAGCUGGAACCAAGAACAGAGCCAGCAAUAAAUAGCUAUCCGUAGUGGAAUGAUCAUAUGCCAGAGCUGCCAGGUGUUCCGCUUGCUUUGUUUCAUGUAACCUUUCCAAACCCCAUCGAGGGUUCUCCGGAGCCAUGCUGUCAGAAGUCCUGCUGGUGUCCGCCCCAGGGAAAGUCAUCCUUCAUGGAGAGCAUGCUGUGGUCCAUGGCAAGAUAGCCCUGGCUGUGGCCUUGAACUUGAGAACAUUCCUCCGGCUUCAGCCCCACAGCAAUGGGAAAAUGUGCCUCAACUUGCCGAACAUUGGCGUCAAGCGGGCCUGGGAUGUGGCCAGGCUUCAGCUGCAGGACACAAGCUUUCUGGAGCCAGGGAACGCCACGGGGGACGCCGCAGCGCCCACCUCAGAGCAAGUGGAGAAGCUGAAGGAGGUGGCAGGCAUCCCCAAGGAUGGCGCCGACCCCGAGUGUCUGGCUGUGCUGGCUUUCCUUUACCUGUACCUGUCCAUCUGCCGGAAGCAGAGGACCCUGCCCAGCCUGGAUAUCACGGUGUGGUCAGAGCUGCCCACGGGGGCUGGCCUGGGCUCCAGCGCCGCCUACUCUGUGUGUCUGGCAGCUGCUCUCCUGACCGCGUGCGAGGCGAUUCCAAACCCGCAGAACAAUGGCGAGUCCGCUAGCAGGUGGACCAUGGAGGAUUUGGAAUUAAUUAACAAGUGGGCCUUCCAAGGGGAGAGAAUGAUUCAUGGGAACCCCUCUGGAGUGGACAACACCAUCAGCACUUGGGGAGGAGCACUCCGAUACCAACAAGGAAAGAUCUCAUCCAUAAAGAGGCUGCCGGCUCUGAAGAUCCUGCUGACCAACACCAAAGUCCCUCGCAGCACCAAGGCUCUCGUGGCCAGCGUCAGGAGCAGGCUACUUAAGUUCCCUGAGAUCGUGGCCCCCCUGCUGACAUCUAUAAACGCUAUUUCCCUGGAAUGCGAGCGGACACUGGAGGAGAUGGCUUCGGCCCCAGCCCCAGAGCACUACCUCGUGCUGGAAGAGCUCAUCGACAUCAACCAGCACCAUCUGAAUGCCCUCGGCGUGGGCCAUGCCUCGCUGGACCAGCUGUGCCAGGUGACCAUGGCCCAUGGACUGCACAGCAAGCUCACUGGUGCGGGCGGCGGUGGCUGUGGCAUUACGCUCCUCAGGCCAGAUCUGGAGCAGCCGAAGGUAGAGGCCAUGAAGCAGGCUCUGACCAGCUGCGGGUUUGACUGCUGGGAGACCAGGAUCGGGGCCCCCGGCAUCUCCAUCCACUCGGCUGCCUCCCUGGACACGCAGGUGCAGCGAGCCCUGGAUGGCCUCUGAGAUGAGCCCGCCCACUGCAGCCCCACCAAGAAGCCCCUCCUGGAGUAUUCCGGGUGCCAGAGUCCACCUCUGCUGGCCACGGGCCGCAGCCCUGCGUGACGGCCUUCCCAGCAGCCGCACCCCUCCAGGCCCAGCAGUGCAACGCGGAACCUACAGUGGGCAGGGGUGCCCUGGAAGACCCCGUCUGUGAUCUGCCUUCUCUUGAGCCACCGGGCAGUGGGACCAUGUGGGGUCCUGUGAGAUGUGAGGAGCUUCCUAUCCUCCCCGAAGCUCCCACACACCCAUCUGCUUUGGGCCUCUGUCGCCUUCUGACACCCUCUGCCCACUGGGCUGGCGGCUCCGAUGCAGUUGUCUGGCUUCUGGAGCAGUGUGCCUUCUCCCUCCCGCGCCUCUGCUCUUUACCUGUCUUGAGGGCCUGGCCCCUCCCACCUCCUCCAGGAAGCUUUCGCUGACCCCUGGCAGGGAGGUGACCCUAGUCCCACCUUCCUCCUGUACAUCCCGUCUGUUUGAACCGUUCAGCACUUUGUGUGGUCUGCUCUCCGGCGAGACUGUGGGCUUCCUAGGGGUGGUCUGGGUGGUGGUCUUUGCCUUCCGCCCUCCCGUUUGAGAGCUGGCCAAAGGCAUGGUGGAUGUACCCGGUUUCUUCCAGUCUGUACCCAUGGGAUUUGCAGAAAACACAGCAGAGAGGAAAUAAAAAGCUCUUGAGUAAA